GCGUUCGGUGACAUUAUUGUCAAGGACUGUCACAAAACUUGUGCUGACUCUACAGUAGAGACCAAACUCAUGGCAAUGCAAGAUUCCGCGCUUGCAGACCCACUGCUCGAUCCCAAUGUGACGCCAAGCUCGCACGAAGAAAGUUCUCAGGGAACGCCUGAUGAGGCUGUUGUCUCGGCGGAAUCGCCCUGUCGCAACCCCGCUAGUCCUUCCGCUGAAGGCGGUGACGAUCCGCAAGUAGACCCGUCCACCGGAAGAGACCCUUGGAAGAACCACAAUGUACGGCUGUCGCUGGUCAUGUGUGCGUGCUUUGGUGUGGCCGAUUCCAUUUGGGGAUCGGUCGUCUUGUCCGGAUUUUUGUACGCCUUGGGCGGCGCAAUGGGCCAAGCAUCCCGAGACAAUACCUUGGUAGGUACUGCGGAAGCGGUGGAAGGUUUGACUCAAUUGCUGACGGCAGUGCCGAUUGGUAUGGUCGCGGACAAGUUUGGUAAAGCCAAAGUCGUACGAGCCGGUGGAGUCCUUAUGUUUGCCACGAUUGGGAUUACGGUCUGGGCCUUAAUGAUAGUAAAAGAGGAUGCGGAAGAGUCUACAGAGGCCGCGAAGCAGUCGUAUUAUAUUCUGGUGGCAGCAUUAGGGCUUUGGGGGAUUGUCAACGGAAUUUCUUACGGACCUUCGCAAGCGCUUUUUUCCGAUUCCAUCCCGAAGGGUAGACGAAGUGAGCUUUUGACCUACCUGUAUUCUUGUUACCUCCUGUCGUCGACUAUUGGUCCGAUCGUGGGCAUUGUCUUGCUGUUGACCGUGUCCAAGAAUCAGGAUGAUUGGUCGCUCAAGGAAAUUUUUCCAGUGUUCUUGGUAGGCGUUUGUCUCGAGAUUCCGGCAGCUGGUCUCAUGUUUUUCUUCGACGACAAGCACGCCAUCCCCGAGAACGAAGACGACGAAGCAGUACCAAGAACGCCACUGACGGCCACUGUAGGCUUUCCGUCGGAUACCGUAGCGGAUGUCAGGGAGGAGGCAGAGGUCGAGGUGCCGAGGAACCUUUCCAAGAAGAUUGUACCGUAUGUGCUCUUCUUGUCAUCAUUGAUCGUUUCUUUAGGGAGCGGAGCAAGCGUCAAGUAUUUCCCACUAUUUUUUAAAGAACUCGGUUUGGGUAGUGCAGCGGUACAAGGAAUCUUUUUGGUCGUGCCCAUUAGCAUUUCGGGUCUCUCUUUUGUCAGUCAAAGUAUCAGUAAACACCUAGGGCGUGUAGAAACGACAGUUUUGUUCAACAUGGCUGGUGUGUCUCUCCUAUUCUUCAUGACGUGGCUAAGCAACCGUGUGGAGCAGGGGGAUAGUAAGCGCAUCGGAAUCAUUGUCGUGGUUUACUUGAUUCGAACGGGGAUAAUGAACUGCACCUAUCCUUUGCUCGAAAGCAUUUUAAUGGAUAGUGUCAAGUCGAAUGAAAGAGCAAUGUGGAAAGGUUUAGAGAGUAUAUCAUCGUUUGGGUGGACUGGGAGUGCCCUAAUCGGUGGUGUUCUAUCCGACAAACACUCUUACCAAUUUACAUUUGCCAUUACGGCUAUUAUGCAACUUGUUGGAGGACUCCUGCUUCUCUUCAUUCGACCCUUUGUUGAUCCUGAAACGGAAUCUAGCGACACUUCCGAAGCCUGUGAAAGUCAAAGCGCUUCACUGGUAUACACCGACGAAGUGACCGAUCAAGACAACGCCAACGGGUCGCUUCCCGAACCCCUACUUUCUUCACUAUAG